AAGUUUGGUAACAAAAAAUAAAUUCGCGAAAUUACUAAAAAUAAAAGAAGAAGAGAAUUCCCGCCGUGUAAACAAAGAAGUCACAUCCUCCACUCCAGUGCUGCACCCGCUCGCUCACUCACACCUUGAAUUUUCAAGUUCCUUGUCGAUUUCUUUCCCUUCAAAGUCUCAUCUGCUAUAAGAGAAGAUCGAUACUUGAUCGGUCAAUUCGAAUUUUGGUGAUGAAGAACAGUAGGGGAGGCAAAACUGUAGGGAGCAGCGGCGGAGGAACUUGGCGGAGCCUAGGGCUACCUUUAGUCUUCCUCUUGUGCCUAUUUUUCUUCCUUGCCGGCUUCUUCGGUUCUACUCUUUUCUCUCAACCGGAUGAGUGGAGUGCACAGUCUCGGCUUAGGCCAAGGGUGCUGGAGGCGAUGGGUGACCAAUUGGAGGAGGAAAACAGAGGCUUCGAUCCAUUGCCCCAUGGCCACUCUGGCGAGGGCUCUCUAACUUCCAUUCCCUUUCAGGUGUUAAGCUGGAAUCCACGAGCAUUGUACUUCCCCAACUUUGCAACUGCAGAACAAUGUCAUACUAUAGUUACUAGGGCAAAGGCUGAUCUCCAGCCAUCUACCUUAGCUCUUCGUGAUGGAGAAACUGAAGAAAGUACCAAGGGAAUCAGGACAAGUUCUGGAAUGUUUAUAAGUGCAUCUGAAGACAAAACAGGGACUUUGGCCCUCAUUGAGGAAAAAAUCGCUAAGGUGACAAUGAUCCCAAGGAGUCAUGGAGAGGCAUUUAAUGUCUUGCGGUACGAGAUAGGUCAAAGAUACCAUUCUCAUUAUGAUGCAUUCAAUUCUGCUGAAUAUGGUCCACAGAAGAGCCAAAGGGUUGCUUCUUUUUUGCUGUAUUUAUCUGAUGUUGAGGAAGGUGGGGAAACCAUGUUCCCUUUUGAGAAUGGGGUGAACAUGGAUGCUAGUUAUGAUUAUCGAAACUGCAUAGGUUUGAAAGUGAAACCACACCGAGGGGAUGGACUGCUGUUUUACUCACUUUUCCCAAAUGGUACAAUUGAUCCUGCCUCACUUCAUGGGAGCUGUCCCGUAAUUCGAGGGGAAAAGUGGGUGGCCACAAAAUGGAUCAGGGAUCAAGAACAGGAUGAUUAGGCGUUUGUAACUGUGUUUCAAAAAGUUAUUACUGUCGAGGAAUGUCAAGCAAGUUUUGCAGUAAAUAUACCCAUAUUCUUUGUUUUCUAAUUUAAGAAGAGAUACAAAAUCCUUUUUCUGCUCUCCUUA